GCGCUGGAAAGCACGUGGAGCACAGGUUCGUCUCCUUUGUGGCACAGCAUUAUAAAUAGUCCUCAAUUUUCCUCCCACCAGGGAAAGCGCAGAACCUAACCCUCACGAAAACCCCUUCCCAUUCUGAACGCUUCUUGUUCUGUUCCCAAACCUUAACCCUAACCCCAACCCUAACCCGCGUUGGUUCUGAUUCAAUUGGUAUUGGAGGGAGGCGAUCGAACAAGGAUUCAUUCAAAUUGGUGGCUAGCAUUGAAGAACGAUGUCUGCUGCUGUGUGCGGAACCAAGAGAUCUUUCUUCGAAGAACUUCCACCUUCUCCGCCACUCUCCAAGAGGCUCCGUUGCUCCUCUUCUCCGAUUCGCUUCCCUCCUCCCUCUCUCAUCGAUCAUCUUCGCCCUCUCUUUCCCCACAUGGACGACCUCGUCCUUGAGAGAGCUCUCCAGGAAUGUGGCAAUGAUAUAGAUGCUGCCAUCAAGAGGCUGAAUGAGCUUUGCUUGGGAACUGCAGAUGGAAAUGGAACUGUCGAAGAAUCGGAGGUUGUCGAUGCGGGUAAAUUGGAAGAUGAUGGAAAUGCUUCUGUUUCUCAGAGCCAGCCUGCUAUGAACAAUCUUCCUGCAGAUGGAGCAGAAUGGAUUGACUUUUUUGUUAGGGAGAUGAUGGUUGCUACUAGUGUUGAUGAUGCUAGAGCCCGUGCUGCCAGAAUGCUGGAGGUUCUUGAGAAAUCAAUCAGUGAAAGAGCAAGGGCCGAGGCAACUGAUGCGCUUCAGAAGGAAAAUUUGAUGCUGAAAGAGCAAAUUGAAGCCUUGAUUAAGGAGAAAAAUUCUUUUAAAAAUGCUUUUAAAAUCCAGCAUGAACGUUAUGCUGAUUAUGAUGUUAAGAACCAAGAGUUGCAGCAUUUGAAGCAAUUGGUGUCUCAAUACCAGGAGCAGAUCAGAACUCUUGAGGUGAAUAACUAUGCUUUGGGAAUGCAUUUGAAGCAGGCUCAACAGAGCAACCCCUUUCCUGGGCGCUUCCCUGAUGUCUUCUAAAAUGAAUGUGUAGAAUGUCAUAAUAAAAGGCAGCAAAUAGCUGCAUCAGGUUGAUUAAUUAUGUCGUGACUUUUUUUUCCUUUUUAUUUCCUAAAAAAAUCAAGCGUUGUUGUAGUUUGCCUAGCUUCUGUUGGUCAGAGCUUGAUUUCUGUUUUUAUAGUCGAGGGUUAUUCCAUUCCAUCAUAUCAACAUGGUAUACAAUUCGACAGUAUAAGAAUAUUUGUCAGUCAGUUCAAUUACUCCAGUUAUGCUCAUUACUGAGAUUCCGACA